AUGGUUCAGCUUCCCGAUCUCCCGACGGAGAUUCUCGACAAGAUCAUCUCCAACGUUGGCCCGUUUGACGACAACAAGCUGAAAGAAACGAAAGAGGUGGUUAAGAACUUUGAUGAUUACCGGGUUUCUGUGAAAUCUGUGGCCGGCCUGUGUCGCACUUGCAAAGCCCUGCGACGCGUAGCCCAACCGAUCCUCUAUCGAUUCCCCUUAACUUACGACAAUGACCUCGUCUCCCUUGUUCGCACACUGGCAACACGAGAAGAUUUGAAGGGAAAGGUGCAAGGACUGGUCCUCAUUUUUGCACCCGGAACCAAAAUAAAGCAGGAUGUGGUCACGGUCAUUGCACCAGAUGAUCAGGACCUCUUCAACAACCUAGUUGCAAAGUAUCCAACAAGAGCAAACGGGGAAUUGAUCAACAUUCCCUCAACCUGGGCUACUGGAGAAAACGAAUCGAAGGAUGAGUUCGCCGGAAAUCUCAAGCUUAUUCUAGCCGCCUUGCUUCUUACGCAAAUUCCCAACGUGGAGCGCAUCUCGAUGGACAUGGGCUCCAAUGCCGACUUUCCAUUCUCCCAAACCGGAUCUCUACCACGUCUUGUUGAGUUGACCGUUCACUACGAGGGCAACUUCUGCCUCGACAUGAUGGUUCUUGAUGGUGUGCUGAAAGCGGCUCCCGCUCUGAAGACACUCGACGCGGUGAAUGUUUACCUGGUGAAGGAAUCGAAAGGCCUCUCUCACGACAACCUCACGACCCUGAACCUCACCGAACCCGCUCUCGAGGUGGGAAGCUUUAAGAAACUCAUGGAGGGCUUCCCGAAGCUGGAGAGUCUCUAUCUUCACCCCUCCCAUACUUGCGUAAUAUCACACGAGGCUAGAUUAUCGGCAUACCAGAUUCUGCGGACCCUGCCCAUUCGAGCAGAUACCCUACGGCGCAUCCACCUCCUCAUUCAACCGAUGGAGUGGGAGGGUGGCUUGUACGAAGCCCCCAUACCCAGCCUCAAAGAAAUGAAGUUGCUGGAAACCCUGUACAUCGACUUUGCGAAUCUGUACCCGGACGAGGACAAGACGGGUUUAGUAGAGUUCCUGCCGCCAUCGAUCCGGACCUACGAGCAAGACUACUGCCACGAAGAGCUUAUGCCCGUGAUGCUCGCCUUGGCUGAGAAUGCUCCUGAAAAGUUUCCGAAUCUGAAAAAGGUGGCCUUUGGGAAGUUUUAUGAAGAUGAUGAAGAUUUGUCUCCUGUGAUUGAGAGGGCUUUCGGAAAGAGGAGUAUCGAGUGUUCUUUUAAGAUUGAUGAUGAGAAGGUUUUGGCAGUGAGGUAG